AUUCGAGGGGAGUGGGAAGCGAAGAGUCGUGGACCAAUGUUAACAAAAUGAUCGUCUGAAGGAGCGCCGAUUUGAAGUGUUGAUUAUUUGAGAGGAAGGAAACAAUGUCCAUGAUAAACUGGUCGGAACUGUUUCCAGGAAAAUGGAGCGCUGUUAUUUUCUUCCUUUAUAUAACUCUUUUCGUUAAUCAAGGAAUUAUUAUAAAAUGGUCCCAAGAUAAAGGAGAAUAUAAUUAUAAUAUUGUUAUAGUUGUUCUCAUGACUGAAGUUCUAAAAUUAUUAAGCUCCGUUGUUUUGUAUUGUAAGGAGAAUGCAUUUAAAAGUUUAUUUCAAGAAAUAUUCAAGUACAGAAAAGUAUUGUUGCUGUACAUGGUUCCAUCCUCUUUAUAUUGCCUUUAUAAUAAUUUAUCCUUUGUAAAUCUAGCGGCAUUUGAUCCACCAACAUAUUUCUUAUUACUUCAAUUGCGUGUUGUUAUAACAGGAAUAAUUUUCCAGAUUGUUUUUAAAAAGAAAUUAUCUAGUAAACAAUGGAUAGCACUUAUUUUGUUGACAUUAGGUUGUAUGAUAAAACAUUUGAAUCUUGAUUAUAAUAAUGCCUUUUCGCAAACAACCUUGCAUUUAAAUAUUAAUAUUGUAUUUAUAUUUAUUCAGACAAUAUGUUCAUGCUUGGCAGGUGUUUAUAAUGAAUAUCUUUUAAAAGGAGAGGCUGCGAAUGUAAAUAUCUUUGUACAAAAUGUAUUUAUGUAUGUCGACAGUAUACUGUGCAACGUAGCAGUGCUAUUGGUACAAGGUCACCUCAUCGAAGCAUUCGAUAAUGCAGGGUCGAGUAUUUUCAUGGACCCUAAGGUUAUCUUAAUUAUGUGUAAUAAUGCAGCAAUAGGUAUUGUUACGAGUUUUUUCUUAAAAAAUCUUAACUCAAUUGUGAAAACUUUUGCUAGUGCCUUAGAAUUAGUUUUUACAGCGGUAUUUUGCUGGAUACUUUUCGGUAUUCCAAUUUAUUUGAACACAGCUCUUGCCAUUGCUAUAGUCAGUUUUGCGGUGAUACUGUAUUCGCAGAAUCCAGUACAAAAUGUAAAAAGCUUAGUGUAGCGUAGUCUAUGAGGAAAUCUAGAAUUUUAUAACGAUAUAUAAAUUAUAUUCUUAAUGAAUAAU